ACCAGCGAGGAUGAACCUCACACACAACAAUUCGCUGCUGCCGGACGACAGCAACUACAAUCCCUUUAACUGGAUGGCGACGACAACGGAAGACUACUCAAACUACGACAACAUAAACAUGGACGAGCCGGUGGAUGGCCCGCGCCUCCCGCCCAGGCUGAAGGUUCCCGACGUGCUGGCACUGGUGGUCUACACAGUGGUUUUCCUGGUGGGCAUACCGGGCAAUGCGCUGGUGCUGUGGGUGACCGGCUCCGAGGCCAGACGAGCCAUCAACGCCAUCUGGUUCCUCAAUCUGGCCGUGGCCGACCUCCUCUCCUGCCUGGCCCUGCCCAUCCUGAUCACGCCCGUCAUCAUGCAUGGCCACUGGCCCUUCAACGACCUGGCCUGCCGUAUCCUGCCCUCUGUCAUCCUCUUCAACCUCUAUGCCAGCAUCCUGCUCCUGGCGACCAUCAGCGCAGACCGCUUCCUCAUUGUCUUCUACCCCAUCUGGUGCCAGAAUUAUCGAGUGGCCUGGCUGGCGUGGGUGGCCUGCGCUGUGGCCUGGGGGCUGGCGCUGGCACUCUCCAUCCCCUCUUUCAUGUUCCGCUCCUUGUACCAGGACGCCUUCUCCGACAAGGCCUCGUGCGGGGUGAACUAUGGCAAGGGGGGUCAGAGGGUGGCGUACUACGUGACCCUCAUGCGUCUGGUCCUGGGCUUCCUGGGACCACUGGCCACGCUGAGCAUCUGUUAUUCCUUCCUUCUGUACCGGACUUGGAGUCGCCCGGCUACGCGCUCCACCAAGACCCUCAAAGUGGUAGUGGCCGUGGUCACCAGCUUUUUUAUCCUGUGGCUACCUUACCAGGUCUCGGGCAUGAUGCUGGUCUUGUAUGAGAAGAAUUCAACCGCCUACAAAGUCGCCUCUGCUGUGGAUGGCCUGUGUGUGGCCGUGGCUUAUAUCAACUGUUGUAUCAACCCCAUCAUCUAUGUGGUGGCUGCCCGGGGCCUCCACACGCGGGUCCUCAAGUCCCUGCCCUCCCGGCUCCAUCAGCUGCUGACAGAUGAUUCUGGGGGCAGGGAAAGCAAGACCCACUCGCUGUCCACAAUGGACACCCUGGCCCAGAAGAGCCAGGCAGUGUGA